AAUAGUAAAAAUAGAGCAUGCGCAAUACUAUUGAUAUACUAGCUCACUCUAUUAGUAAUGUCUGAAAAAUCUUUCUAGUUUCUCUUUCCGAUCUGUAUGUAAAUCGUGUGCUUGUCUGUAAAAAUGGCAACCCCAAUUUCAAAAAAACGGAAGUUUGUAGGAGAUGGAGUAUUCAAAGCUGAAUUAAAUGAAUUUUUAACCAGAGAAUUAGCCGAAGAUGGAUAUUCUGGUGUUGAAGUACGUGUUACCCCAACACGUACUGAAAUUAUUAUUAUGGCCACAAGAACACAAAAUGUUUUAGGUGAAAAAGGCCGCAGAAUUCGUGAAUUAACAUCUGUUGUUCAAAAACGUUUCAACUUCCCAGAACAUUCAGUCGAAUUAUACGCCGAAAAGGUUGCCACUCGUGGUUUAUGUGCAAUCGCCCAAGCUGAAUCACUUCGUUACAAGUUAAUUGGAGGUUUAGCUGUCCGUCGUGCUUGCUAUGGUGUAUUAAGAUUCAUUAUGGAAUCCGGCGCAAAAGGAUGUGAAGUCGUCGUAUCUGGUAAAUUACGUGGUCAACGUGCUAAAUCAAUGAAAUUCGUUGAUGGUCUUAUGAUUCAUUCUGGUGAUCCAUGCAAUGAUUAUGUAGACACAGCCACACGACACGUAUUACUCAGACAGGGUGUAUUGGGUAUUAAGGUCAAAAUUAUGUUACCAUGGGAUCCACAUGGUAAGACUGGUCCAAAACGACCAUUACCUGAUAAUGUGUCUGUUGUUGAACCAAAAGAUGAAGUUUUACCAACAAAUCCAUCUAGUGAUAUCAAAGCGGUAAAACCUGAAUUUGCAACACCUAUUCCAGUUGUUGAUUAAUUUAGUAAUUUAAUAAACAAUUUAUUAUAAACUUUGA